AUGAAGUUCCGCGAUGGAAUGUGGCUCCAAGCCUCCUCCAAAAGAGUCGAAUACGCCGAAGAAAUCUACUCCCUCACCCAACAAGACAGCAACAAAAUCAGCCUCCUCUGCCCAACAGCCCAGAUCCACUCGAGAGGCGACACGCUCAACCGAUCGACCUUGACCGUAGACUUGGAAGCUGUGACGGAUGGAAUACUCUCCGUGGAAGUCACUCACUGGCACGGCGCUGGGGAUCAGGGACCGCAUUUUGAUCUUUUCCCGGAUGGAAGACCUCCUGUCGAUGCUUCGAUUGAGAAGAGCGAUGCUGGAACGACACUCACGGCGGGGGGAAUCGCAGCUACGGUGACGGCCCUACCUCAUACAUUUGACAUUCGAUUCCAUAGUACCGAUGGGAGGCAUAAGCUGACGUCUCUCCUGAAUCGAAGCGUCGGGUUGGCGUAUUCUCCUGCGACGAGUAGUCCGAUGCAGACGGCUGAUAUGCGGGAUUUUAAGCAUUACAUCCUGACGCAGACGACGCUUGGGGUGGGCGAGCAGGUGUAUGGUCUGGGGGAGAGGUUCGGUGCGUUGAAUAAAGUCGGCCAGAGUAUUAAUUUGUGGAAUGUGGAUGGGGGGACGUCGAGUGAUCAGGCGUAUAAGAAUGUGUCGUUUUGGUUGUCGAGUAAGGGUUAUGGUGUUUUUAUCGAUGCGCCGGAGAGGGUCGAGCUGGAGAUUGGGAGUGAGAGGUGUUGUCGGGUGCAGACGAGUGUUGAGGGUCAGAGGUUGAAGUGGUAUAUCAUCUACGGUCCCACGCCGAAGGAAGUCUUGAGUAGGUAUACGAUGUUGACUGGCAAGCCGAACAAGGUCCCUGCGUGGAGUUUCGGCCUCUGGCUGAGCACUUCCUUCACGACUGAGUAUGACGAGAAGACAGUCAAUGGCUUCCUGGAGGGGAUGCGCGAGCGAGAUAUUCCUGUGCAAGUCUUCCACUACGACUGCUUCUGGAUGCGAGGAUUCCAUUGGUGUGACUUCGAGUUCAUGUCUUCGCAUUUCGCGGAUCCAAAGGGUCAGAUAGCGCGACUGAAGGAGUCGGGUCUAAUCACCAAAGUCAGUGUUUGGGUCAACUCGUAUCUAGGACAGGCAUCGUCGGUGUUCAAAGAGGCUGCUGAGAAGGGAUAUCUGCUGAAGCGCAAGAACGGAAACAUCUUCCAGUGGGAUCUGUGGCAGGCUGGAAUGGGAAUUGUUGAUUUCACGAACCCAGAAGCUUGCACGUGGUUCGUCGACUGCUUAAAGAAGCUCUUCGACACAGGCGUGGAUGCCAUCAAGACCGACUUUGGCGAGCGAAUUCCGACUCAAGAUGUACGGUGGCAUGACACAAAUGUGGAUGCUGCGAAGAUGCACAACUAUUACUCGUUCAUCUACAACAAGCUCGUCUUCGAGGCGUUGCAGCAUCGGUACGGGAAAGACGAAGCGGUUCUCUUCGCGAGGUCAGCUUGUGCUGGCACGCAGCGGUUUCCUGUCCACUGGGGCGGCGACUGCGAGAGUACCUUCGAAGCAAUGGCGGAAUCGUUGCGGGGCGGUCUGUCACUGGGGCUGUCAGGAUUCUCCUUCUGGUCCGUGGAUAUAGGCGGCUUUGAGGGAUAUCCAAAUUCGACCAUUUACAAACGAUGGGUCCAGUUUGGCUUGCUGUGUUCGCACUCAAGACUACACGGAAGCAAUUCGUAUCGUGUGCCAUGGCUGAUUGACGAUGACGACAAGAGCGAGCAAGGCUGCUCGGCAGUGCUUCAGAAGUUCACACAGUUGAAGUGCAGGUUGAUGCCUUACUUGUACAGCCAAGCCAUGGAGUCCAUCAAGCAAGGAUGGCCUGUGAGUGUCCGAGCGAUGGGGCUGGAGUUUCCCGAUGACCGUACUGCAUGGUCGUGUGAUCAACAGUUCAUGCUGGGUUCGAGCAUCUUGGUUGUUCCCGUUUUCGACGAGACUGGAGAAGUCGACUUCUACCUCCCACGAGGAACGUGGACAAGCAUCUGGGAUGAUAGCACAAUCAAAGGCCCUCAAUGGGUGAAAGAGAAGCAUGGCUUCGACACGCUGCCAUUGUAUGUAAGAGAAGGGACAAUUCUGAUAAUGGGCAAGCCUGGGGCAAUACGUACCGUGUACGACUGGACAUUGCCUGGAGAGCAUGAGGUCCGACUGUAUGAGCCGAGGGCAGACUCGAGAUUUUCCUUGUAUGACGCCGAGGGGAAGCUCGCUGCCGUUCUGGAGGCGGAAGAAGAUCGUGGCGUGUGGAAUGUUAAAGGAAUGGAAGCUCGAGUGCGCCGUCUCAGUAAGGACCAGAAUUACUGA